UUUUGAAAAGCAAAAUUCAGUUGGUAUAAAACACACGAGUCGCGAGGAAGCAGAACCAGAACGCGAUUGAAUUUCGUUAGAGCUACAAAAAUAAGCAAAGAAAACAGUUUUGCCACUUAAAAAUUUUCACGCGCAUAGGCAAUCAGGAAACACAAACACCAAACACACACACACACACACACACACACACUCGACUACAUUCCACAAAAUGGCCGCAGUCGACAACAGUGACGAGGCGUUCCAUCUGCGCCUGGGCUACUUGAGGCCAGAGACCAUUGAGUUUGCCCGAACGGAGCUGCGUGAAACGGAGGAAGUCAAGGCGGAGGCCAUUGUCAAGUUGCGUGCACUGCUCAAGGAAACGCCAGAGAUCAACUACAAGGAUGACGAUGCCUUCCUCACCAUCUUUCUGCGCGCUACCCACUUUUAUCCUGAGGGCGCUUUGGAGAAGAUGAAAACCACCGCAAGCUUUCGUAAGGAACACGCGGCAUUGGUGCACGGACUGCAGGCGGAGCAGCUGAAGGAGUUCUUCAUCAAGGGCAGCGUCAUCAAUGUGCUGAGGAACUGUGACCAGAAGGGACGCCGAGUGCUGAUCGUCAACGCCGGCAAACUGUGGGAUCCCAAUGAAAUUCCCAGCGAUGAAUUGUUCCGCAUGCUCUACAUGGUGCACAUUGCCGCCCAACUGGAGGAGGAGACGCAAGUGCGUGGCGUCGUUUGCAUCAUGGACUUCGAUGGCCUGGGCAUGAAGCAAGUGAAGGCUCUGUCGCCCAGUUUCUCAAAGCGUCUGCUCACCUUCAUUCAAGAGGCAAUGCCGCUGCGCAUGAAGGAGGUGCACUUCGUCAAGCAGCCCUUCAUCUUCAACAUGGUGUGGACUCUCUUCAAGCCCUUCGUCAAGGAGAAGCUGAACAAGCGCAUGCACUUCCAUGGCAGUGACAUGAAAUCCCUGCACAAGUUCCUAGAUCCCUCGGUCCUGCCGGCCAACUACAAGGGCCAGUUGCCAGCCAUCGAUUAUGGCGGCAAGGAGUGGUUCCCCGCUCUCGAGCUGCAGGCCGACUUUGUGAACACCUGGAGCGAACUGGGACCAGCCCAGUGGUAGCCAUGUCGAUAUACGUUAAUGUACUCUCACAAUUUGUGUAAUUAUAAUUACUUAUGUUUUUGAUUAGUCCUAACCGCUUCACAAUAAACUAGUUCAAUAAUUCAAA